AUGAAGUUUUUCUCCAUCGCUGCCGUGGCGUUCCUUCUGGAUAUUUCAGUCUCAUUUGAAUUGAUUGAUGAUGAUAAUGCAUCUAGAAAUAAUCCCCAAAUUCCUGUUCUUAACUCGAAAUUCGGGAUGAAGUGUCAUACAAAUAACUUAUACAAUGCAGAGACUAUCAAACAGAAUGUUGAUGAAGCGCAUAAUAAUGUCCGAUUUAUUACUCAACUGGAACAGGGCAGCUUUACCCGUUUUCCUGGAGUAGUUCUCUACAGUUACUUCAUAGGAAAAAGUUACGUUGCAGAACAAGUUUAUUACGCCUCCAAUUACAUCAUUAUCGACUCCUCCGGUGUGUUUGUGGCCGGGAUGAUAUCAAUCCCAGACAAUGACAGAACGGCUUACAAAGUAUGUAAGUUUACGGAGGGAACUGAAUACGCCACUUAUAGACAACUAUGA